GAUGAAUUUAUGGAGAAUGCUCGUCUGCUUAUGUUUGAGUCAUUCUGUCGGAUACAUCAUAGUGUUGGAAUAAGCAUACUUGCCGAAAAGCUGAAUAUGACUGUAAAAGAUGCCGAAAAGUGGGUUGUAAAUCUUAUACGUAAUGCUCACAUGGAUGCCAAGAUAGACUCUCAGCAGGGUGUUAUUGUGAUGGGAACACAGAAUGUUUCACCUUAUCAACAGGUUAUUGAACGCACAAAAGCUAGUGGAAAUUGUACCUACAAGUUAUAUGAGCGAUUACGUUCAGAGAAGUCAAUGGACGCAGAAUUGUGGUCGUCUUCAAAUCUGCAUGUCUACUAACUUUAUUUUCAAGGUAGUGGCAUACUAU